GCGUAAUUGCGUCAUCACUACGAGCCCGGAACCUGCGAGCGACGACGAAGGGGGUCGACAGUUUCCUCUGCACGUCGAGCUAAUUUUCCCCACAUUUCGCCCAAAAAACAACGAUUUAGACGCCAGACAGCCGACGGUUGGAUGUUUAUAUAAGGUGCUUUCUGUCUCUGAGGUCCAGCAGUGCAGCAGGUUGCUAUGGCGUCUCCAGGGAGACAAGGAGGAGGAGGAGGAGGAGGAGGAGGAGGAGCUCUGUCAACGAGAGGAGGCAGCGGGGCCAGGAGGAUGAAGUGGGCUCUGGAGCUGAGCCUGGGCAACACCAGGAGCCGCGGUGACCGACAGGGCGGUCAGGGCGAUGUCGUCUACCCCAUCGGCUACUCAGAGAAACCCGUCCCCGACACCAGCAUCCAGGAGACGGACAAGAACCUGGUGGAGAAGCGCUGCUGGGACGUGGCUCUCGGGCCCCUGAAGCAGAUCCCCAUGAACCUGUUCAUCAUGUACAUGUCAGGAAACACCAUCUCCAUCUUCCCCAUCAUGAUGGUCUGCAUGAUGGCCUGGAGGCCCAUUCAGGCGCUCAUGUCCAUGUCUGCCACCUUCAAGCUGCUGGAGAGCUCCAGUCAGCAGUGGCUCCAGGGCCUCGUCUAUCUGGUCGGUAACCUCCUGGGCUCGGCGUUGGCGAUCUACAAGUGUCAGUCGAUGGGACUGCUCCCAACACACUCGUCCGAUUGGCUGGCUUUCAUAGAACCGCCACAGAGGAUGGAGAUCCUGGGCGGAGGGAUGGUGUUAUGAAGAAGAUGGCGGGUGCACAAACCAGAUUGAAAUAUUUACAGAGGUUAUAUACUGUAUACUGUACAUUCUCCACCCGAGGCCCCUCCAGCUCUUGUCCACAACACAUCCAACCUCUACAGCGACAGUCGCAACAGGAGAGACGUUUGUAAAAUCAGCAGCAGGAUGCACAGCUUUUCUACACAGCCCUCGUCCUACACACACACACACACUUUGUUUGCCUUUGUUGACAGAAACAUUAACGUUACUCCAGCCUGCUGAUCUGCUUCAUGUCUCCGCCUCUGCUCUUCCUCAUUCAUCUCUUUUUGAUUCUUUUAAUAAAGAUUUAAAAUCCGGCAGAGCAUCAUGUUGACCACUGUUGGAACGACUGUACUUUUUUUUUGCCGUUGAAAUUUACAACACGGGUAGAGGUUAUAUGUGAGGUUAUAUCACAACAAGCAGAGUUAGGCCCUUUAUUUUUGGCAGACCAACGUCAUUAAAAAUAAAAAUGUAUCUAUAACUUCUUGAAAUAACAGUUAAUGUUUAAAAUUAAUAGGGAAGAAUGUCUUAUUAAGUUGUGUAGCAGUAGAGUUUUCCUCCUUUUUUCUCCACUCUAGAUUUUCAUUUCUGUUCGUCAGCAUGAUUUCAGCAUGCUCGCCAGCAACAUUGAGUAACCUGUUUUAAUUUAUAGGUCUGUUUAUUUAUACUGAUUUGCUCUAUGAGAAAUGUUCUAUGAAAUAAAUCCUUAUUGGCUGAAUUAAAACGUUUUCAACUGUGUCAAUAAAAUGUGUUGGAUGGAAAAAAA